UGGGAAGAAAAACUACAGUUCCCAUCAGUCUAUGCGAUCAAUUUGGCGUUUCAGGUUUUUAUUUCAUCAGAUCACAGCGAGUUCUUCUCCGUGCCCAAAUGCAGCUCCGUAUGGGGGGGCAAGUACCAGUAAGGGAAGGAGCAGCUCCUGGCCCAGCAGGGUAUCUCUGGACACUUUUUUAUCAUCCAUGGAUGGUGUGUAUCUUGGAAGCCAACCACUCAGGGUGGUAAUAGUUGGGGCUGGCUUUGCUGGACUUGGCGCAGCCACCACCUUGGCCAAACAUGGUGUGAGGGACUUGGUUAUCUUAGAAGCCUCAGACCGACCAGGCGGCCGGGUUUUAACGCACAAACCCACAGGUGACCCUGCCUUAGAACUUGGAGCCACGUGGAUCCACGGCCAGACGGACAAUCCGCUUUAUCAAAUGGCCAAAGAGAAAGGGUUGCUAGCAGACGACGGCUUUAACAUGGUUACCUGCCAGCCAAUAAGUGUCACCCCUCAGGAUUAUUUCUUUUCCGAAGACGGGAAGCUUCUCCCUGCCAAUGAAGUAGACCAGGUAACUUGCUUUUUUGGCCAAACCAUGGCCAAGAUUAAUCAGCAGGACUUCAAACCGGAAUGUGCAUCAUGGUCAGUCGGGAAGUAUCUGGACCGAGAGUUUGCAGCGUCCGCUAUUGCCAAGUCCGAGUCGUCCGAGGGCGUCUUUGAGUGGUGUAAGCGCAUAGAGUGUGUUGAUGAGGCUUGCAAUUCCAUGUAUGAGUUUUCGCUGAGUCAGCUGGGCCUCUAUACUGCACUAGAAGGACCUUUUUUCAACUCUUUAGGCAGUGGGGGCUACCAAGCUCUUCUCAACGUAUUGUUAGAUCAGCUUCCUCCAAAUUCUUUGCGUUGUUGUAAACCUGUAAAAUGUGUCCAAUGGGAAGGUUCUCCUCCAACAUCCAAGUCCAAACCUCCCGUCGUGGUCCUUUGUGAAGACGGAGAGGCAUUUCCAGCAGAUCAUGUGAUUGUCACAGUGUCUCUUGGUUGCUUGAAGGAACGAGCCUCAAGCCUUUUUGACCCACCGCUGCCCCAAGGGAAGAUGGAGGCUGUUGAAAGGCUAGGCUUUGGCACAGUGGCCAAGAUCUUCUUGGAGUUUUCUGAGCCCUUUUGGCCCGACGAUUGUGCUGGUAUACAACUAGUGUGGCAACAGGGACCAGAGAGCCCAGAGGGUUACACCGCUCACAACCAGGAGGACUUACUGAGAUCUGAGUGGUACAAGAAGAUCGGGGGGUUUGACUGUGUUCCUCUGCACCGUAGCAUUCUCUGUGGCUGGAUCACUGGGCUUGCUGCUGAGCAUAUGGAGACCCUGCCUGAGAAGGAGGUGGGAGACAUCUGUGUCAGGUGAGAGGGGCAGGACAGGUGGGGGGGGGCAGAACUUGGUUCUAACCAAAAGGACUGUUUUCCCAAUCAUAUUGGGACUUCUUGGCCUGUAGAGAUCUAUAUAACUUCUCAUUCUGGGCCAAACCCCACCAUCCUGCCUGACCAUGGGAGAGAGAGUACCAUGAAUCAGAGCUCUGGGUAAGUACAAGGGAUGCACCGAAUCCAGGAUUCGGCCAAGAUUUUGCCUUUUUCAGCAGGAUUUGGAUUUGGCCAAAAACUUUCACAAAGGAUUCGGGGUUCCGCCAGAUCCUAAGAUAGUGUAUUUGGUGCAUCCCUAGUAAGUACUGGGUUCAGAUGGGAUCAAGUUUCACUCGGUACAUACAGGGUUCAUUCGGGUCCCAUAGGCCUCUCAGGCCACACCCAGCCUCUGACCACCCAAAUCCCUCACCUGUUAGUACCACCCCUCUGGCAGCUGUCUGAACCCCACCAUUUUUCUUACAGAAGUCUCCUCCAGUUGUUUUGCACUUUGCACAACUCGGCCAACACAUUUUGAUUUGCUCCGUUAUUGCUGCUAUUACAUAAUCUGGCCAAUAGAGGGAGACAUUACCCCCAGGGUUUCUCUGUACCAGUAGCUGUACCUACCUGUGCCAGCCCUCCUGCCGUAUAGAUGUUGUGUUAUACGUCUCCCCCUGAUCUCACUCUGUAAGUGCUUAUCCACCCCUUCUACUAACUGCCAUUUCUAAUCUUUUGCCCCCUAUCUGUCUGCUACACGUUGGAUACAGAGCCGCCCCCUCACACUGCGAGUAGAAUCAUACCUAAUAUUCCUACUCACCGUCUAUAAUCCUUUAAUCCUCCCAUAUUCUUUUUGUUCUCAUUUACAGCUCUUGUAUUUUAUCUGCUCUGAUCUUGUAUUAAACUGUCUGAUUAUAUUUCCCGUAGCUUUCCCUUUAUUUCAUGCGCAGGUUCUAUUAUCUUUCCCUCUCUGCUGCCCUUGGAGUUCUACAUUGGUGUUUUCAAUGUGCUCUCCAGAUGCUUAUCUGUGUCACUCUAUUAUUAUUGUAUUCUUAACUCCAGACUUCCAGGUUAUUUAAUGAUAUUCUGUAUUAAUUGUUAUAAUUAAAAAAAUACACAACAGCCAA